GAAGUAAAGUUAAAAAGUAUGGCGCAUCGCUGACAGAAGGGAAGUGUUGCUAUUGCCUUACUUUUUACAAGGUAUUUACCACAGCAGACACACCCAAAUUGUGCUAAUUUUUUGAUUUAUGGAUUAGAUUCUUCCCGCAUAUUCAAAGGACUGAUCAAGGAUGGUUUCCCCCGAGCUACUAACUGAAGGUUCUCUAAACCACAAUCACACAGAUAACACCAACUCAGAACCAACUAACACCAGCACUACAGUUGAUAACUCAAAUCCAAGCAUUAAGCAGCCUUCUUAUCUGAACCUGGCCUGCUGCAUCAGUGGAUACACCACGCUGACAACAUACAACAGCAAGCAGAGAGAAGGUUUCAGAUCCAGAGACAUAAGUCCUGCGAGAAUCACAGGAGCUGGAGCAGAUGAUGCUGUCUUCACAUCUCUCUGCGGAAACUAUCUCUCAGCACAACCCAGAUAUCUGACAGAAAUGGACCACCGCAAAAAAAGCGGUGACGGGAUGAUGAAUGGCAACAGUAACGGAGCCUCAACCUUCACCUGCUCUUCUACCUCUGUCACUGCAAACAGUUCCUUUUACCGAUGUGAAACCAGAAAGGAAAUUUUGUGUCAUACAGACACAUCAAGUGCACUGUCACACAGUAAAGAAGUUCCUUCGCAAACAUCAUCGUUCAUCUUACAACGGGUGGAAAGACUGUAUGGUCCCGGUGCUCUAGCGCAGGGCUUCUACACACGCCGGUCUCACGGCAGCUCAGCGGCAACGACACCACAUAAGGAGCCGCAGCCGGAUGAGUCAGUGAAGGCAGGAGACGAGGGGGGAGCAUCUGCCCUACCUGUACUGAGACUGCUGCGGCCGGAGUUUAGAGCACAACUGUCAUUGGCCAAACGCAAGUCUAGUUGUCCCUCCACCAGGGUCACAGACUCGACUGAUGGUGCUGUGGAGAGAAUUAUUCCUGUUGUUAUUGCUGAUAACGAUGUUGAAACAAAAAGUCAUAGCAUAAAGGAGGAGAGAGAGACUGUAAAUAAACCUGUUGAAAAGGAUGGACCUUACUAUCUGCAGCUGGUGACCAAUGAGGCGGAGCUGUUAGAGCGUCUGGCGGCCAUGAUGGAGGUGGAAUUAUCUCAAGGAGUCCCGGACCAUAUGGAGGGCAGACUGCGCGCUGCUGCAGGCAAAGCCCGUCUACUGGCCAAUCAGAAACUUGCUCAAUUCAAAGGGCUCUGCCACAAAAACAUUAUCCAAGACAUGAGUGAGGAUUUUCCUACAACUUGUGAAGACCUGGCUGGAUUCUGGGAUAUGGUGUGCAUUCAGGUCAACAGUGUACAUGAGGAGUUCAACCAAAUCGACAUCUUAAGGAAGGCAGGAUGGCCUGUACAGGAAAUUCCUGAAGACAAAAAGAAAGCUAUGAACGGUGCCAGUGGGGCGGGGCCGCGCAAAGCCAAAGCUCUCCCCACCUCGGCACCUGCCCCUGCUAAGUCAUCACUCAGUAAGGCUCGAGACGAGGCCAGGAAAAGAAUGCUUGCUGAACGUCGCAAGGAAAUGCGUAAAAACGCUAACACCACUGAUGAUAUCGUAAUAGUCUAGUAGCCUAUGUCGAUCACUUCUGAUUCCGGUUGUUUAUAAUAUAAGGUUGUUUGACACAUAUAAUAUUAAGUUUGUUGUUUAUAUUCUCAAAUCGCAAUGAAUUUCAUGAAGGAAAAAUAUUUUCAAUGAAGGAAUAUGAGUGUAAACAAAUACAUUUUAAAUAAAUUAGUCACCUUGAAAACUCUUGUAAAUGGAUUCAAAUUAUGCUGCUUACAAAUGAGGAUUAAAAUUAAGUAGGCCUAUGGACACUCAUAAGCAAUAGUUCUUCCGGUUGGUGCCUAACAUGAAACCAAAAAUCAGAUUAUUUAGAGAUAUUGAAUAUAAAGAUAUUGAAUAGGGGUGGGCGAGUACUUGAGAUUAGUUGUAAAAUUUUUGAUUGCAAACCAAGUUUUACACAAAGACUCGCUACUUGAGUAGUUACAUCCUAUACAACCCCUAUUUGUUAUUUAAGUUUUUUUCGUGCAACAUAUAUUUUGGGGGGCUUUGUAUUUAAUUUGAGUAAGUACACUUUAAAUCUCUUUUGCUAAUCCCCAAACCGAUGUUCAGCCCCUUCUUGCUUAAAGCAUGAUUUCAUACAUCAGCAGUCCAAUUCAAAAAUAUUUUUCCUUUGUGAAGUUAAAUUGUUUUGUAUUAUUCAUUUGAUUCCUAUAGAUUGUUGCGACAUAAUGAAGAGAUCUGCAUUGAAUCUCUCAUAAGAUGAAAGCCUAGCCUAGCCUCUCUAGUCGUAGAUAUGAAAACAUGUUUAUUUAUAGUCUUGAUAUGAUAACUUAUUUGCUGUUUGUCCACUUUGCGUUUGCUAUGUUAUUGUUUUUUACUGAGGUUUUUACAUUGUUUAAGAUUUUUAUAGGAUAAGAGGCUAUUUUUUUAUGAAUUGAAGCAUGAUGAAAGGGAAUCGUUUCAUUGUGUUUGGCGAGUUGUUUUAGUUUUCUCUUAAAAGCUUUUAUUCAAAGACUUUUUCAAACUACUUAAAUAUCAGAAUGGGAGAUAUGGAGCACUUUUUAGUAUUGGUACUUUUAAUGUUUGUAAGUUUAAGCGAUUAAUUCUUUUAAUGUUUUAUAUUUAACUCUUAUUUAUUUAUGUAAUUUAUUUAAUCGAUAUAUUACUCAAUCCCACAAGUGUUGAGUUGUAAAGUGAAGAUUUCCGUAUCCAAAGCUUAGAAGAUAUUGUUAUGUGGCCAGGCCUAACAGUCAGAUUUAUAUUUUGUAAAAGGGAUGGUAUUGUUACAGUAUUUGCUAACUGUUGUAAAUAAUAAGAGCUUCAUUAAUUAUUUUGUUAAUUUGGUUUCUAAGUGAUAUGUUAAGACAAUUAAAAUUUAUUGUUAAGGUAAUAUAUGAGGACUAAAUCAAAUCCUAAUUUUAUAAGUAAAUAUGAUCACAAUAUAACCAAACCCUACCUUUUGCAAUUGAUUGUAUUCCUUAAAACCAAUAUUUUGUUAUGUUUUUUUAUAUUAAACUGAAAGUAACAGAAAACUU